AUGCCUAGUGUCGAUUGGAAAAACCUUCCUGAACGUGAAGAAGAUAUCAACUUUGACGAUAUUUACGAGAAACACCAAGUUUCCACCGAGAAUGAUUUCGACACCAUUGUCGUUGUUGAUGGCGCCCCUAUUGUCGAUGAAGCCAAGGAAGAAAAAUUGAUGACUGUAUUGACCAAGCUCUUCACUAAGGGUGCUGGCGAGAUCAAGGAGAACGGUAUUUGGAUGCCCAUGACUCCCAAUGAGGAGGGCAAAAAGACCAGUUCAGGUUACCUUUUCAUCGAUUUCACAUCACCUGAAUCUGCUCACGCUGCUGUCAAGAACUUGGAUGGCCACAAACUGAGUAAAACUGUUACUUUGUCAGUCAACAAGUUCACCGAUGUCGAAAAGUACAGUGAUAUGAAUGAGGAAUAUGUCGAACCUCAAAUCGAACCCUACACAGCCAAGGAGCACUUGAAGAGCGCCUUGAUGGAUCCCCAAGCCCGUGAUCAAUUUGUCAUGUAUAGAGGCGAUGAUGUCUCCAUCUUUUGGAACAGAAAGACUGAAUCCCCUGAACAUGUCUACUCUAGAACUAACUGGACCGAAACCUACGUCCAAUGGUCUCCCAAGGGUUCCUAUCUUUCUACAUUCCACACCCAAGGUAUCGCUCUCUGGGGUGGCCCAUCUUGGAACAAAAUUGUUCGUUUCGUUCAUCCCGGUGUCAAGUUGAUUGAUUUCUCUCCCAACGAACGUUACCUCGUCACUUGGUCCAACGAGCCCAUCAGUUUAGAUAGAUUGCCUGAAAGCGGUCAUCCUUUCAGUGAAUACGAUGAAGGUAAUCAAGUGGUUAUUUGGGAUAUCAAGACUGGUUCUUUGCUCCGUUCUUUCCCUCUUGUUCAAGCCGCUGGUGAGGAACAAAAGACUGUGCGCUGGCCCAUGUUCAAGUGGUCUUCUACUGAGAAGCACUUUGCUCGUGUUGUUCCUGGUCAACAGCUGUCUGUCUAUGAAGCUCCCUCCAUGGGUUUGGUUGGUAAGAAGUCUAUUAAGGCUCCUGGUAUCGUCGACUUUGAAUGGUCUCCUGCCAAGGGUAACGCUUCUGAUCCCAAGAUUUACCAAAAGGAAGAAGUGUUGGCUUACUGGACCCCUGAAAUUGGUAACCAACCUGCUCGUGUUUCCAUGAUGACCAUUCCCUCCAAGGAAGUCAUUGCCACCAAGAACUUGUUCAACGUCUCUGAAUGUAAGCUUUACUGGCAAAACCAAGGCCACUUUUUGGCUGUCAAGGUCGAUCGUCAUACCAAGACCAAGAAGUCCACCUAUGCCAACAUUGAAAUCUUCCGUGUUAACCAAAAGAAUAUUCCUGUCGAGACCAUUGAAUUGAAGGAUCCUAUGCUUGCUUUCGCCUGGGAGCCUUAUGGAGAACGUUUCGCUACUAUCACCACCAGCGAUCCUGCUUACGGUUCCACUCCUGCUCAUGGUCAAGCACCUGUCACUGUCAAGACUGAUGUCAAGUUCUUCUACCUCGAUAAAUCCAAGAAGGCCAAUGCUGGUUUCAAGCUGAUGAAAUCUCUCGACAAGAAGACUGCCAACUACCUCUUCUGGUCUCCCAAGGGUCACAACAUUGUGUUGGCUACUUUGCGUUCCUCUACCGUUUCUGAUCUCGAGUUCUACGAUCUUGAUUUCGAGCCUCUCGCUAGUGAUAAGAAGGACAAGAGCGAUCCUGGAUCUACUGUCCAACUUUUGUCCACACAAGAACACUACGGUGUCAGUGAUGUUGAGUGGGAUCCCACUGGUCGUUAUGUCGUUACAGGCUCCAGCAUGUGGCGCCAAUCUGCCGAUCAUGGUUUCUGUAUCUGGGACUUCAAGGGUCAACUCUUGUUCAAGCAAAACAUUGAAAACUUCAAGCAAUUGUUGUGGCGUCCUCGCCCUGAGAGCUUGUUGUCUUCUGAACAAAAGAAGAAGAUCAAGAAGAAUCUCCGUCAAUUCUCCAAGCAAUUCGAUGAGGAUGAUCUUGCUUUGGGUGAUGCCACUGCUGCUAAACUCCACGCUGAGCGUAGAAAGGCUGUUGAGGAAUGGUACGCCUGGAGAAAGGCUACUGAACGUAAGCUUGAUGAAGAGCGUAAGACUCUUGGUAAGGAGGUCCAACAUGCUGAUGAGGGCAAGUCUGAAGUCGUUGAGGAAUGGGUUGAAGAAGUCAUUGAAGAGAGCGAAGAGAUCUUGGAUUAA